UCUGUUCGCCAUGAGUCAGGAUCUUUCUGACUGGUUCUGGAACCCAAGUGUGUGGCUGCCUCCGAAUGUGACGUGGGCGGACAUCCGGUCCAACGAGACAGUAAAAUAUGCCGACUUUGAAGACCUCUACCACCCCAUACCCAUGGCAUUCCUCUUCUUGGUCGUUCGCUUCUUUAUUGAGAGGUUCGUGUGGGCGCCGGUCGGCAGGUCCAUGGGCCUGAAGGCCAUGCGGCCCAAGCGGGUGGCGUACAACGAGGUGCUCGAGGACGCUUACAGGAAAAACCGCCGCGUCUCCCACAAACAGGUGCGCCAGCUGGCCAAGGAGCUGGACUGGUCGGAGCGGCAGGUGGACCGAUGGCUGCGACUGCGCAAGCUGCAGGACUCGCCUAACAAGCUGACGCGCUUCACAGAGACGGGGUGGCAGUUCACGUACUACCUGGCGAUCUUCUGCUAUGGCCUUCACACGCUGUGGGACAAGGCCUGGUUCUGGGAGAUCCGGCACUGCUUCUACAACAUGCCGUUCCACCCCAUUGACAACGACGUCUGGUGGUACUACAUGCUUUCGCUCGGCUUUUACUGGUCCAUGACGUUACGACACUUCUUCGACGUGAAACAUAAGGACUUCUGGGAGAUGCUGCUGCACCACGUGGUCACCAUCAGCCUGCUGUCCUUCUCCUGGGCGUGCAACUUCACCCGCAUCGGCACGUUGACGUUGAUCGUGCACGACAUCUCGGACAUCUUCCUACUGGGUGCCAAGAUGUUCAAGUACCUGAACCUACAGAUGUGGUGCGACGUAACGUUCGCCGUGUUCGUGCUCAUCUGGAUCGUGACCCGGCUGGGCAUUUACCCCGGCUGGAUCCUGUACAGCACGUACCUAUUCGACGAACCCCCCACGUGUGCGCUGUUCCCGCGCGGCCUUCCCAUCCUGGCCCUGCCCGAACGCACCACCAUCGACGCCACCUAUAUAGUCCGGUUCUUCCCGGCCUAUUACAUCUUCAACGGCAUGCUGAUGGGGCUGCUAGUACUGCACUGCAUCUGGACCUACUACAUUCUGCUGAUGGCGUACCAGGCGUUGAACGCCGGUCAGAUCCAGGGGGACUCGCGCAGCGACUCGAGCGAGGAGGUGAGCAGCAGUAGCGAGGAGAACCAGCUGCCCGCGGCGCCUGCCACCAACGGCUUCAUCAAGCACCCGGCGCCGGCCGACGAGGGCGCCGGCACCAGCGCGGCGGCCGGCGGCGACAACUGACCCUGAGCUCGUCCAGCGCCGCCGGACGGCAGACGCGCCGGGGAGGCAUGACCCGGCCAGUGUGACCGAUAAAAAUCAAAUGACCCGACGACCAGACCUACUGCUGGCGACUAUGUGUGGUUUAUUUUUUGUCCGCGUGGCGGCGUCAAUGAGUGGCUAUGUGGUUUAUUUUUGGUCCGCGUGGCGGCGCUGACGAACGUCCGGCGCCCUGUUUGCCACUCGCGUGCGAAUGUCCUGUGCUGUGCUUAGUUAACGUGAUAAACAGCAGGAGAAAUUUGCCGCAGCGGUCCGGCGCCGGGGCCGUUUGGAGAGAUGUCCCGCUAUUGCUGGGCCGGGGCCGCAAGCCGUCGUGGUAUGCUGACUCACUCUCGCUGGCCCCCCGUGUUAGAUUCCCGAGGAGUGAGGAGAGAUACGCAUUUUACUUAUUGACUUGCAAUCCAGCGUGUACAAAUUACUCAUAAUUGUUUUAGUUGGUGACCUGCCGGAAGAAAUUAACGCACGCAGCGUGCGGCGGACGUCCAGCCAGUGCGGGUACGUGUUUGGUCCGGUCCGGUCGGUACGGUCCAGUCCAAUCCGGUCCGGUCCAGUCCAAUCCGGUCCGGUCCUGUCCAGUCCGGUCCAGUCCAGUCCAGUCCAGUCCAGUCCAGUCCAGUCCAGGUCCGGUCCGGUCCGGUCCGGUCCAGUCCGGUUGGUGCGGUCCAGUCCGUUGUGGUCUGGUGCGUCAUGCCUGCCCGCCCGCGACACUCUUCGGCUGCCUGCCCAGCCUGGUCCGGCGGCCCGGGCCGGCUGGGUCGUGUGAGCGUCGGGAAGGACGCAGUGCGAGGGGUCGGUAGGGUUGAUCAGGCGGGCGAUACGGGCCGCGGCCGAAGACGUGACCACCUCUGCCUGGUCCGCCUCGGCCCCGUGCUAUGGCCACAUCGGCGCCAGCCACUGCGACAAACCCUUCCAUAACGUCGCAGCGCGGUGGCCCGGAUGCCGGGCGUCGGGCAGUCUCCGCCUCGGGUGUGGCGCUGCUGGUGGUCCGCUGGCCGGCCCGGAUGCCGGGCGUCGGGCAGUCUCCGCCUCGGGUGUGGCGCUGCUGGUGGUCCGCUGGCCGGCCCGGAUGCCGGGCGUCGGGCAGUCUCCGCCUCGGGUGUGGCGCUGCUGGUGGUCCGCUGGCCGGCCCGGAUGCCGGGCGUCGGGCAGUCUCCGCCUCGGGUGUGGCGCUGCUGGUGGUCCGCUGGCCGGCCCGGAUGCCGGGCGUCGGGCAGUCUCCGCCUCGGGUGUGGCGCUGCUGGUGGUCCGCUGGCCGGCCCGGAUGCCGGGCGUCGGGCAGUCUCCGCCUCGGGUGUGGCGCUGCUGGUGGUCCGCUGGCCGGCCCGGAUGCCGGGCGUCGGGCAGUCUCCGCCUCGGGUCUGGCGCUGCUGGUGGCCCGCUGGCCGGCAGCAAUAGCGCCGGCGGGCGGCGGCGGUGGCGCACCGGGUGGUGGUGCGAUCCCUCGGCGCGGCCGUUCACCGACGAAUCGGCGCACUGUUUCCGGGAAUGUUGCCAGGGGGAGGGGCGCCACGCACGUCUCUGGACUUGUGCUCACAUUCCACGUCGCCGCGCGUCGCGUCGGCCGGCUGUAUAUAGGGAUAUGUUGACGUGUUCGACGACUGCCGCGGCCUUAAGCGCUGAUAUCGGCCGCGCGGAGGGGCGGACGACACGGCUCGCGUGCUGCCCUGCGCCACAUGUGUCUCGAUUGCGUGUGUGUGGUUUCGCCUUUAUGCAGGUUCUCGUCAAUACAGGUAUGUCCGAAACUGCAA